CGGGCGGCGGUUGGCGGCGGGGACAGCGCGGACGGUGGCGACAUGGCGGCUCCGCGGCUCGUGGUGCUGGCGCUGGCGCUGCUGGGCGCCGAGGUCGGCUGCGGGGCGGUGAGCCAUAUCUGGACUUCCAUCGAUGACAUUGGCUCCAAGACGCGUCUCACCUGCACCUUGAACAGCAGCACCACUGAGGUCACGGGCCACCGCUGGGUGAAGGGGGGCAAGGUGCUCAAGGAGGACGCCCUGCCCGACCUGAAGACGGAGUUCGAAGUGGACUUGGGGGAGCGCUCCGGGGAGUACUCCUGCGUCUUCCUCCCAGAGCGCGCGGGCAGGACCAGCAUCCAGCUGAAGGGACCCCCCAACAUCAAGGCCGUGAAGAGGUCCGAGCACGCCACAGAGCGGGAGACGGUGGUGCUGGGCUGCAGGUCGGACUCCUUUCCCCCGGUCAGCGAGUGGGUGUGGUACAAGGUGGAGAACUCCGGGCAGGUCAUCAGCAACGGCUCCCAGAGCAAGUACUUGGUGAUCUCGUCGGAGACCAAGACGGAACUGCACAUUGCCGACCUGGACCUGGAGGCGGACCCCGGCAGUUACGCGUGCAACGGCACCAGCCCCGAGGGCACCGGCCAGGCCGUGGUCAUGCUGCGCGUGCGCAACCGCUUUGCUGCCCUCUGGCCCUUCCUGGGCAUCGUGGCCGAGGUGCUGGUGCUGGUCACGGUCAUCUUCAUCUACGAGAAGCGGCGGAAGCCGGAUGAGGUCCUGGACGAUGAGGACGCGGGCGCCGCGCCGCUGAAGAGCAGCGGGCCCGUGAACGACAAGGGCAAGAAUGUGCGCCAGAGGAACGCCAACUGAGCGGCCAGCCUCCGUCUGGAGCAGCUCCGUGCCUGGUGUUUGCAGAUCUGGUGUUUGCAGACCCCGCGUUCUUCUCUCAGAGGAGACCUGCCCCGCGGAAGCAGACCACACACACCGUGGGUCAGAUCACAGCGUUUCUUUCUUUUUUAAACUAGGGUUUUCUACACAUAGAAUUCCUUCCUUAGGGGUUUUGUUUUUCCUUUUUAAAGAUUUGUGAGCGCCUCGGGGGAGCCGUGAGCUUCCUGCGAGACUCCUGUCCUCGGCCCGUCCCCUCAGCUGCCCCUGCCCACCUGUCCCCUCUCUGUUCCCCCCCUGUUCCCACAGCCCGUCCCCUCGCUGUCCCUCGGGCAUUUAGCCAUCUGUCCUGUAGUGGGGCUUGAGAAGGGCACACUGGCCUUGCUCUGGGGCGCUCCCUCCUGCAGCUGCUGGGCCAUGUUGGGACCCUCUGUGGAAGGUCGCAGGUCAUGCCUGGGGUGUCUCGAACUUUGCUGACGCAGCGCCUCGGGUCUGUGUUGUGCAGCUGCCGGCAGGCCCACCGGGCCCUCCCCGGCCCUCCGUGCACCUGCCGGCGGCCGUGGCUGCAAAGCCCCCUCCCCAGCUGCUCACCAGCAUCCUGACUGGCCCACCAUCCGCCUGCUCACCAAUAAAGAAAAGCUGACCUGUC